AUGGCCAAACUCAUUCUUGCUACAGGUUUGGCCAUUGUGCUGAAUGCUCAGUUGGAUUCUGCCUACAAGUUGAUGUGCUAUCACAUGUGGCCCAAGAACUGGCCUGACUUGGGGAGUUUCAAUCUUGGUUUAAUUGACUCCUGCUUGUGUACUCACAUAAUCUUUAACUUUGGUUGGAUGCCAAACAAUGAAAUCAUCUUGAAAAAUGAGGAUGACUUGAAGGAGUACAAAAGUAUCAAUAAUCUGAAAACCAGGAACAAGGAACUGAAAACUCUCCUGGCCUUUGGAGGCAGUGAACUUCAAUCUAACCAGUUCAGUGCCAUUGUGUCUACUGCUCAAAGCCGUCAGAAUUUCAUUACAUCAAUCAUCAAUUUCCUACGCCAACACAAUUUUGAUGGGCUGAACCUGGACUGGCGUUACCCUGGGUCAGGUGGAAGCCCACCUAAAGACAAGCAUCUCUUUACUCUCCUGGUGAAGGAAAUGCGUGAAGCUUUUGAGAAGGAAUCCUCAGAGAAACACAAGACCAGGCUGUUAAUCACUGCCACAGUAUCUGGUAUCAUCUCCAUCAUUGAGCAUGCCUACAAGAUUCCUGAACUGUCACAGUCCCUUGAUUACAUUCAGGUCAUGACAUAUGAUCUCCAUAGCUCCAAGGAUGGCUACACUGGAGAAAACAGUCCCCUCUAUGAAGGUCCUUCUGAUCAUGGCAUUAGUGCCUACCUCAAUGUGGACUACAUCAUGACUUACUGGAAGAAUCAUGGGGCUGAUCCUAAGAAGCUCAUUGUUGGAUUCCCCACGUAUGGACAAACCUUCACUCUGAGUGAUCCCUCUGACAAUGGAAUCGGUGCCUAUGCCAUUAGUGCUGGACAAACAGAGAAGCACACAUAUGAAAAAGGAUUAUGGGCCUACUAUGAGAUUUGCAACUUCUUGAAUCAAGGAGCCACUGAGAAAUGGAGUGCCCCUCAGGAAGUGCCCUAUGCUUUUAGGAACACAGAAUGGGUUGGCUAUGAUAAUGUCAAGAGCUUCCAGAUCAAGGCUCAGUGGCUCAAGGACAACAACUUAGGAGGUGCCGCUGUCUGGUCCCUGAACAUGGAUGACUUCUCUGGUUCUUUCUGUAAGCAGGGAAGGUUCCCUCUGACCUCUACGUUAAAGAAAGCUCUCAAUAUCCACUGUCCUUGUAAGUAG